AGCGUGAAACAGCGCCACCUGUUGCCCGUCCCCAAUCUGUGACGUUUCAAAUCAGAAAAAGACAUUACGGUUUGGACCGCCCUCUUCUGAGCUUUCCAUCCAAUAGAAUUAUGGUUGAGGAUUUAGCCCAUUCUGAUUGGUCAGCAGGUCAGUCCUUCAUUUGAGACGGGAAGCAGAGGCACAACCAAACAGCGCACUGCUGUUGUCGGCUUAGGACAUGAAUUCUUUGGAACAGGCCGAAGACCUAAAGGCCUUUGAGAGGAGGCUAACGGAGUACAUCUCCUGUUUACAACCUGCAACAGGCAGGUGGAGAAUGAUUUUGAUAGUGGUGUCUGUUUGCACAGCCACAGGGGCUUGGAACUGGUUAAUAGACCCCGACACUCAGAAGGUUUCUUUUCUUUCAUCACUUUGGAAUCAUCCCUUCUUCACCAUCAGCUGCAUCACCCUAAUAGCGCUCUUCUUUGCUGGGAUACACAAACGAGUUGUGGCACCCUCGAUAAUUGCUGCCCGCUGCCGGACAGUUUUAGCAGAAUACAACAUGUCCUGUGAUGAUACGGGAAAACUCAUUCUCAAACCCCGACCGAACAUUCAGUGACUACCAUCUAGGUUGCUCUGUUCAGUUAGUUUUCAUCAAUUGUUGACCUCUCAUCGGUCCUUCAAGCAGCCUGAACAUCAGCGACAAGGUGCAGUGCUGAGGAGGAUAUCAUCAUGAUGAUUUAGAAUGAAGAAAUGGACAAAUGGAGGCUUUUUAAAAGUGUGGCUGUGAUGUUAUCAUUGAAGCUGCUGAUAUGCUCACCUGACCCUUGAUGUAUUUUACGAAUCGAGUCUCGAUGUGUUUAUUUCUGUUUCUAAAGUUGAGCAUGUAUUUUAUCUAAAUGUUUCUAUUUUUAAAUUUAUUUACCUAAUAAACACACGGAGUGUGAAAAUG